AUGAGCAACACUGAAUUCAUCGAUAAGUUGGAGUUUGCAUCUCAACCCUCGGGAAAAUCUGAGGGGAAGCAUCACAUUGUUAUUGUUGGUGCAGGUAUCAUCGGGGUAUGUACUGCUUAUUAUUUGACAAGACACCCUUCGUUUAGCAAGGAUACACAUCACAUCACCGUUAUAGAGUCUAAACGUGUAGCUGGCGGUGCCUCUGGUAAAGCUGGUGGUUUACUAGCGAUGUGGGCUUUCCCACAGCAGAUUGUCCCACUUUCUUUCCAACUCCAUCAAGAAUUGAGUGACGAGUAUAACGGUGAAACCAAAUGGGAUUACCGUCGGUUGACCACAGUUUCCCUUGAGGCCAACGUUCAAGAUGAUACCGUUUCGUUAGAUCCAAAAGAAACUGGAAGCAGUGUCAACGAUAAUAGUAAUGACGGCGAUGACGACGAAAGUUAUGCUAGUAAUGAUGGAAAGACUACCUCAAGAGCAAAGCCAUCGCAGAAAAAGAAAUCCAAAAAAGCAUGUGCAGUGGUGAACAACGAACCUGUUUCCAGAGUGGGCACCACUGAAGACGACGAAGAUUACGAAUAUAGUUACGGAGAAGAUGAUGAAGAGGACGAGGCACCUGCAUCGGAGUUGGAUACAAAAUCCUCGAUUGCAUUAUCUAAAGACCCAUUACGUCUACCUAGUGAUUUGAACUGGAUCAAAAAACGGUUGGUGAGAGAUUGGUCAUCUCUUGGUGGAACUGACUCCACUGCUCAAGUACAUCCUUUCAAAUUCACUCACUAUCUACUGUUGAAGGCAAUGGAGACUGGGGCAGUGGAUUUAAUCCUGGGCAAAGUGUCACAGUUGCAUUUCAACGAUCAGUGUGCCGCAGCGGGAGUAUCGUACAUUCCAACAGUUGAUGAUCCAGAAGAACAACGUUUACAAGAACCAGUUGACCUUUUGGACGUUGACCAGGUUGUUCUAUGUAUGGGACCUUGGACUUCUAGACUAUUGCCGGAUUGUCCAAUCUCUGGUUUAAGAGCACAUUCCAUCACAAUCAAACCAUCCACCGGAACUGUUUCGCCAUAUGCUAUAUUUACCGAAUUGAAGAUAUCUUCCAACAAGUAUUUCUCGCCAGAAAUGUAUGCAAGAAAGGAUGAAGUGUAUGUGUGCGGUGAAGGUGAUACUCUGGUUGAAUUACCAGAAACCAGUGAUGCAGUGGAAGUCGUUAAAGAAAAAUGUGAUGAAUUAUACCAUUACGUCUCCAAGUUAUCUCCUAAUUUGUCUCGUGGUCACAUUUUGAAAAGACAAGCUUGCUAUUUGCCAGUCCUGAAUGUUCCAACAUCAAGCGGACCUCUAAUCGGAGAAACUAAUGUUGAAGGGUUAUUUAUUGCUAGUGGCCACUCUUGUUGGGGUAUUAACAACGCUCCGGCAACAGGUAAAGUUAUGAGUGAACUAUUACUUGACGGUGAAGCUAAAUCCGCUGAUAUUAGUGCAUUGGAUCCCAGCUUAUACUUUGAUGCAUCUAUCUUUGAAUAA